AUGUGUGGUAUUUUUGCGUGCUACAAGCACGAAUCCGUGGAUAAAUUUAAGGCAGAUGCGCUACAACUUGCCAAGAGAAUUAGACACCGUGGUCCUGACUGGUCCGGAAACUACGUGAAGAACACAACACUCCUAGCUCACGAAAGACUGGCUAUCGUUGGCCUUGGCUCCGGUGCCCAACCAAUCACGUCACAGGACGGCGACUACUCGCUAACCGUUAACGGUGAGAUCUACAACCACAUCCAGCUCAGAGAGGAGUUUUCGUCUUAUCCUUUCAGAACCGUGUCUGACUGUGAGCCUAUCAUCCCGCUGUAUGAGAAAUACGGCUUAGAUGCUCCAAAGUACCUGGACGGUAUGUUUGCCUGGGCCUUGUAUGACGCCAAGAAGGACCGCAUCAUCGCCGCCAGAGACCCCAUUGGUAUCACGACACUAUACAUGGGCCGCGACUCUAGCAGCCCAAAGACCGUGUACUUUGCCUCAGAGCUCAAGUGUCUAACCGACAACUGUGACAGCAUUACCGCAUUCCCUCCAGGUCACGUUUACGAUUCCGAAACUGACCAGCUAACUCGUUAUUACAACCCAGACUGGUUGGACGAGAACCGCAUUCCAUCGGAGCCAUUGGAUCUUCUAAAGAUCCGCCACUCGUUGGAGAAAGCUGUGAGAAAGAGACUCAUGGCCGAAGUUCCUUACGGUGUCUUGUUGUCCGGUGGUUUGGACUCUUCUUUGAUCGCCGCGAUUGCCUCAAGAGAAACUGAAAAGGCUAACAACACCAUUAACCCAGCUGAGUACGAUGCUGAAACCAAGCACUUGGCUGGUGUCGAUGACGCUGGUAACCUACACAGUGCCGGCUGGUCGCGUCUGCAUUCCUUUGCUAUUGGGUUGCCAAACGCCCCUGAUCUACAAGCUGCCCGUAAGGUUGCUUCAUUCAUUGGUACGAUUCAUCACGAACACACGUUCACGUUGCAAGAAGGUCUAGACGCUUUAGACGACGUUAUUUACCACUUGGAAACCUACGACGUCACCACUAUCAGAGCAUCUACCCCUAUGUUCUUGCUAUCCAGAAAGAUCAAAGCGCAAGGUGUCAAAAUGGUUUUGUCCGGUGAAGGUUCCGACGAAAUCUUUGGCGGUUACCUGUACUUCGCCCAAGCUCCUUCGGCGGCCGAAUUUCACACCGAAGCUGUCAAGCGUGUCAAGAACCUGCAUUUCGCUGACUGUUUGAGAGCCAACAAAUCUACUAUGGCGUGGGGUUUGGAAGCUCGUGUUCCUUUCUUGGACAAAGAGUUUUUGGACUUGUGCAUGAACUUGGAUCCAAACGAGAAAAUGAUCAAACCUGCUGAGGGCCGUAUCGAGAAAUACGUGUUGAGAAAGGCAUUCGACACCUCUGAUAAGCCAGAUGAGAAGCCAUACUUGCCUCAAGAAAUUUUAUGGAGACAAAAGGAACAAUUUUCCGACGGUGUUGGUUACUCCUGGAUUGACGGUUUGAAAGACGCUGCUGAAGCGGCUAUUUCGGAUGAGCAAUUCAGCCAGCCUAAGCCAGAAUGGGGAACCGAUAUCCCAACCACCAAAGAGGCUUACUGGUACAGACUAAAGUUCGACGCUGCUUUCCCACAAAAGACCGUUGCCGCCACUGUGAUGAGAUGGAUUCCAAAGGCCGACUGGGGUUGUGCUGAGGACCCAUCCGGCAGAUUCUCCAAGAUUCACGACCAGCACGUCAAAAACUAA